GCCCCGGGGCUCUCCCGCCGCCAUGUUCGCCCUGCAGCGCAACGCCCUCAUCGGCUUCAACCUCUACUGCGGCGGCGGAGGGGGGCCCGGGGGCCCGGCUUCGCCCGGGGGGGACCCGGCCCCGUCGCCCCCUUCUUCCCCCCCCGGCCCCGCCGCAGCCCCGGGGCCGGUACCGGGUGCCCCCUGCUCGCUCCUUUUUGGCCCCGGGGCCCCUCCCCGCUCGCCCUUCGGUGCCGCCGCUCCCCGCUCGCCGCCGUUGUGGAGCCCCGAGGAGGAGCUGGACGGUUGCGAACCCGAAGCCGAGCGGGGACCCGGCGGGGAGUCGAUGCCCGGCACCCCCCCGGAGCUACCGACCGACGAGCUGAGGCAGGACUCGUUAGAGCUCAUCCUCCGGUACCUCCGGGAGGCGGCGGGGGAAACGGAACCGGGCUUGAAAAAGUUUUUGCCGGGUCUUUUGGGGAGGCCCGGGGGGGCGGGGGACGGCGUGAUGGAGAAAGCGCUGGAAACCCUGCGGAGGGUCGGGGACGGAGUGAUGGAGAAACACGAGCUGGCCUUCCAAGGAAUGCUUCGCAAGCUGGAAAUCAAGAAGGAGGAAGACCUGCAGUCCGUGGGUGAGGUGGCGGCCCACGUUUUCAGCGACGGAGUGACGAACUGGGGGCGAGUCGUCACGCUCAUCUCCUUCGGUGCCUUUGUCGCCAAGCACCUGAAAAGCAUAAAGCAGGAGAAGUGCAUCGGCUCCUUGGCCAGGAUCAUCACGGACGCGCUCGUCUCAUCCAAGCGCGAGUGGCUGCUGAGCCAGGGAGGCUGGGAGGGCUUCGUCGACUUCUUCCGAGUGGAAGACUUAGAAGGCAGCAUCAGGAACGUGCUGAUGGCGUUCGCAGGAGUGGCAGGACUGGGAGCGAGCUUGGCCUACAUGAUCCGGUGAGCCCCGGCACGCUGCAGAGGUGCGGAACUCUGGGUGGCCCGGCUCUGCUUGGAGCUGGCGAGCCGGUCACUUCCUCCUGUGCGUAUUUAUGAAGCCAGACUCGAGUGACCCUAGAAGAAUACCUAGGCAUCCCCUGAGCAAUCCUUUCCUACGAAGGAAGGCGUGUUCCAGUCAGAUUGAGGGUACCAACGAGGAUUAUUGCUUUGGGAGCAGCAAGCGGAAGAGUUGGUUGAUGAUCUGCUUCGUUUGAGAGCACGAGGACAGAAAGCCCGAGCGGGACCGCUUCAGUUUUACCCCGGCGGGAAGCAAUCCGCUCGGCGAGCCAGCGAGCGCCGGCGGCUCCCGUCUGGACUGAAGCCCUCCCGGGCUCGGCGCGGCGGCCGCGUGUGGAGCAGGCGCUUCAGAGCUGGCGUUUCUGGCGAGAGCAGCUCCUCCGUCGGAGCUUCGAGUGCCGGGCGUGGUGCGAGCCCGUCGCCGUCUCCUGAAGGAGCAGAGCCCGGGGUGCCCGCGCCGCCCUCGGGGGCUGUAACCAGGUGGCAGAGAGCAGCCAGGCGGGCAGACCGGGGCUGGCGCGGCGCGGUAACCGCAGGCAGCUGCAGCCCGGCCGGGCUGGCCUUGUCUGACUGCUCUCGCCGCGCCGCCGCGACUCGCCACACAGGCAGUUUAAAAAUAGGGAGUGCACUUGUGGGUAUUUAAAAAAAACAAAAAAACCGAACCACGGGCUGGAGAAAGCUGUAAAGAACCUGUAAAUACUUCCAAGCUGUAGGAUAUGUACAUAUUUUUUUUUACAGAGCUAACAAUGCGAAGGCGGGGGGGUUGAGCGUGACGGAGCUGCUUACGGGCGCGCUGUACUUCACCCCUCGUGAAGUAGCGUGGUUGUGGCGAAGCCUUCGGCCUCGACUCCGAGUGAGCCCUUCACAGAUGCACUCGAGCCAAAUUGCCAGGGAGCGCAGCAAGGAGCUGGGGGCCUGGGGGGCGCGCGUUGUGCCCACAGCUUGCUGGCAGCAGUUGGUGUUCCUGUUUUUUUAUUUUUAUCUCUUUUUUUUUUUUUUGGUUUUUCUAGUUCUUCUACUAGACGGGGGAACUGGGGAAGUUGGUAUCAGUUACUUCCUUCUCUCCCCUCUAAUUUUGAUCCCGUAAGCAGCGAGUCGAACGAAGCUGGUGUUUGAAUGUAAGCGUUCUGCAGCAGAAUCCAAAACCCGGCGCCUCCCCCAGGGCCAGCCCCGCCUGCUCCAACCGUGGAUCGGUUGGGUCCUGGGGCAGCUCAGCCCCGCAGAAACGGGUUCCUGAGCAGUGAGAGGGGAGAGAAGGUGCCCACGGUGCUUGACCCCGCGGCCUGAGCGGUGCCCCACGGAAACGUGAGCGGGGAGCUGGAGGGCAGUGGUCGCCAGGCCUGCUUGUGUGCUGAGCAAGCACUUAGUUUUGUCAAUAAAUGUCUUCACUUCAA